AUGGAAGAAGAAGGCACGAUUACCCGAAACCUACAAAGGGAGCUGGAUGCAGCAGCUCGUGACACAACUGGUGCUGAUCCAUCGUCCGUUCAGAAAGAUAAGUCGGGGUGUAGCUUCCUUACACCUGAAAAGGAGGGUCGGAUCCCUUUCACCCCAAGCAGCCCCUCUUUCGAGUUUCAGGAUGGCGGAGCUGCUUCAAGAAGGCCAGCCGCAACCCCCGCUCAGGCUUCCAAUGAGCGUACAUAUACCCGGGACGAGGUGGAAACCAUGAUUACCGCGGCCAUCCGAAACUACACCCAAAAUUUACCUCACGAUAACCGACUCAGGAGAGAUCCCAGACGUUCUCCGAAUGAAGGACGAGCUGAGGACGAAGGCGAUAGCUAUUCAGAGAACCGAAGGGGUAAUAGUCAGGGCGUUAGAACAGAAGUCGACAGUUUAAGACGCGAUAUAGAUGAGUUGAAGGCCUUGCGAAGUGGGCCAGCGCGAGAUCUCGUAAGAUCUAGCCCCUUCGCUAGUUAUCUCGAUGGCGACCCUAUACCGGCUAACUACCGACCGAUCUUGUUUGAAUACAACGGCACGUCAGAUCCAGCUGAACACUUGAGUCGGUUUAACAACACUGCCUCACUUCACCAGCUCACAGAAGGGGUGAAGUGCCGUGCCUUUGUCACCACUCUAGCAGGUCCGGCCCAAGCAUGGUUCGGUCUGUUACCUGCCGGAACCAUCCGAUCUUUUGAACAACUUGCCAAAGCUUUCAUGAACCAGUUCGCUAGCUCGAAGAAGUGUAAGAAGACCUCUCUGUCACUAUUCAGCGUUCGUCAGAAGGAGAAAGAAAGCCUCAGGAGUUACAUCAAACGGUUUACCUCGGCCACCCUAGAAGUCCCGACUACCAGUGACGAGGUGCUCAUGGCGGCCCUUUCGCAAGGGUUAAGAGAUGAUGAAUUUUUCCGAGCUCUAGCGCUGGAGCCAUCACCUGAUUUCGAUAAUUUGUUAGAAAGGGCAUCUAGGUUCAUUAACUUAGAAGAAGCCCGCCAGCAGAAAGUAGAAGAAUCUCACCAAGUCACAAGCGUGCGGGUCAGCGAAGCGAAGAGAGGCAAGGAGCCCAUGUUACCUCGUAGGGAUGUCAAUGUUCCCAGUCGGAACAUCGCCCCAGAUGCUAAAGGAUCUCGAUUUCAAUCAUACCAGCCCCUUACAGCUCCUCUAUCCCAGGUACUGUACUCAAUCGAGAAGAGAGCCGAUCUUCGGUGGCCUCGAACCGCCCGCGGAGCCCCCCGACGAGACCCUACGCUGGGAACCUUUUGUCGUUUCCAUAAUGAGUAUGGACAUACGACAGACGAUUGUGCACAUUUAAAGGAUGAAGUGGAACGCCUCAUCAGAGACAAUAAGAUCGGAGAAUUUGUGAAGAUAGACCCACCUCGUGGGCAAAAGCGUGAGGCCCAGUUCGGAAACCCGCCACGAGCACCGCCCCCACCGCCAGCACCGAAAAGAGGGUACAUUCAGAUGAUUUCGGGAGGUCCUACGGGAGGAGAUACUCACCGGGCUAGGAGACGCCAUCUCGGUAGCCUCAAAAAUAAUCAUGAAGUUUGCCAAAUCUCCACACCGAAGUAUCGUCAAUACCCCACUAUCUCGUUUGGUCCUGAAGAUGAAGCGGACCUAGAUGAUUUCCAUUGUGACCCUAUCCUCAUCACGAUUAACGUUGGAGGGUACGACGUCGCUCGCGCCUUCGUUGAUCCAGGAAGUUCGGUGGAUGUCAUAUCCUACGAGUGUUUCCUGCAAAUGGAGCUUGACCUCCCGAUCUUCCCCGUCACCACGGCGAUAUUCGGAUUCACGGGGGGAUCCCUGACGCCGGUUGGACAAGUUAAAAUCCCUGUCACUAUAGGAACGCCACCUCGAACACGCACUCAAACUGUCAAUUUCGUCAUUGUCGAAGGUUCACCAACCGCGUAUAAUAUCGUGAUAGGGCGACCGAUGUUACAUACCUUUCGGGCGGUCCCUUCGACCAUUCACCAAAAGCUUAAGUUUCCAAUUGAUGGAAUGGUGGGAGAGGUCAGGGGCGAUCAAGCCCAGUCGAGAUCAUGUUAUGUUGAGAUGGUUAAGAUAGCAGAAAAGGGGCGACGUGACACUCUCACCAAAGAAGAUUUGGGGGACGAGAAACGCCCCCGAAUUGACCCCGAAGAUAAGGUUAAUCAUGUACAACCUAUGGACGAAUUGAUGAUGAUUGACCUCGUCCCCGGUAUGAUGAAACAAACCCGGAUAAGCAAGGAUUUAGAACCAUCUCUCCGAGACGAGCUGAUAGCGUUACUACGAUCUAAUGAAGACAUCUUCGCAUGGCAACCAAGUGACCUAACCGGUAUCUCACCUCGUACUGUUGUGCACCGGCUCAAUUUGCGACCUGAGUGUAGACCCGUCAAACAAAAACGACGGCACUUCGGUACCGAAAAGGAUGAAAUCAUACACAAGGAGGUCCAGCGACUUCUGGACAUCGGACAUAUCAGGGAAAUCCAAUUCCCCACAUGGCUAUCCAAUGCAGUUUUAGUGCAAAAAGCCAACGGCCAGUGGCGAAUGUGCAUCGACUUCAGGGACUUAAACAAGGCUUGCCCAAAGGACGAUUAUCCCUUACCUCGCAUAGAUCAGCUUGUAGAUGCCACUGCCGGCUGCGAACUGCUUAUUAUGAUGGAUGCUUCGCAGGGAUAUCACCAGAUUCCGUUGGACGAGAAGGAUCAGCCGGCAGUAAGCUUUGUCACGGCCACGGGUACUUACUGCUACGUGGUAAUGCCUUUCGGUUUGAAAAAUGCAGGGGCCACAUAUCAGCGAUUGAUGGAUAGAAUGUUUCGGGCUCAACUCGGACGCAACAUCGAAGUCUACGUUGACGACAUGCUAGUUAAAAGCAAAAGGCGUUCUACACACCUCGCAGAUCUAGCCGAGACCUUUGCCACCCUUCGUCUAUAUGGAAUGAAAUUGAACCCCGCAAAAUGCGCAUUCGCAGUACAAGCUGGAAAGUUUUUGGGAUAUGUCGUUAAUCGAGAAGGUAUUAAGGUGAACCAGGAUAAGGUUGAGGCCGUGCUCCAGAUGACACCCCCUCGCUCCAUCAAAGAGGCUCAAUCCUUAGCAGGAAAGGUGGUAGCCCUAGCCUGGUUUAUAUCACGGAUGGCUGAUAAAAGUCUACCUUUCUUUAAAAUAUUGAGGAAAACAGCUCAGUUCAAAUGGACUAACGAGUGUCAGCUCGCAUUCGAGGCAUUGAAACGAUCCCUCACUUGUCUGCCGAUUCUUAGCACUCCCGAAAAGGGCGAAACUCUGUUCGUAUACCUAUCGGUAGGUGACGAAUCAAUCAGCUCAGUCUUAUUCAAAGAGGUGAAUAACCAGCAAAAGCCAAUCUACUAUACUAGUAAAAUCCUGACUACGUCGGAAAGCAGAUAUUCUGAAGUCGAAAAAAUAGCGUAUGCUCUGGUCCUUACCACGCGACGACUCCGGCCUUACUUCCUGUCGCAUACCAUGAUAAUCCGUACAAGUUUACCACUUCGGCAAACCCUGGGCCAACCUACUGCGUCAGGACGAAUUGUUAAAUGGGCCAUCGAAUUAGGACAGUACGAGAUCCAGUAUCAACCCCGCACCUCGGUCAAAGGACAGGCGCUGGUAGAUUUCAUCCGGGAGACUACUCGAAUACCAAUCGAGAAAGAGUGGAAAAUUUACGUAGAUGGGUCAUCUACAGCAACAGGAGCAGGGGCAGGAAUAAUAGUCAUCGAUCCCACAGGAACGGAGGUCGAGUUUGCCGUCCGAUUACCUCGAGUUUCCAAUAAUGAAGCAGAGUACGAAGCCUUUAUCCGCGGUAUGGAGAUCGCUCAGGAGCUCGGAGCGCGAGUGGUGCGGAUAUACUCUGACUCGCAAUUGGUGAUACACCAACUAGAGGGGGAUUACGAAGUAAAAAAUGAUAGAAUGAGGGGGUAUGUGAAUAAAGCUCGAGCAGUACAAGAAACCUUCGAAGCUUGCACGGUGCAUCAACUACCGAGGAACGACAACCAACGGGCCGACUUCCUCGCUAAAAUCGGGUCGUCAGUCGCUGACUGUGUUGAAAGAAAAAUCACUAUCCUCAUUGCCCCUACCCCGACAUCGGGAGUCAUGUUGAUCGAUGAAGAACCGGACUGGAGAACACCUCUGUUCAAGUAUUUCAGAGGAGAGCGAACUGGCACAAAAAGGGAACAAAAUCGAUUGGCGUAUAAAGCGAGGCACUUUUACGUGCGGCACGAGGUGUUAUAUAAAAGGAAUUUCGCUACAAUCGAUGCGAGAUGUUUGGGAAAGCAGGAGGCUGAACACGUUCUUGACGAAGCACAUCGAGGUGGUUGCGGUGAGCACGGAGGAGCUCGGGCCCUCAUACAGAAGUUAUAUCGGGCAGGGUAUUAUUGGCCCGGUAUGAAAGAAGACACACACCGAUACGUUCAACACUGCGCACAAUGCCAAAAAUAUGCCCCCCUUAUCCAUAAACCGGGGGAAGAGAUGAUUAUCAUGAGUGCCCCAUGUCCCUUUGCUCAAUGGGGGAUUGACCUAGUGGGACCAUUCCCUCAAACCACUGGCCGGAAAAAGUUCAUCAUCGUUGCGGUAGACUACUUCACUAAAUGGGUCGAAGCUGAGGCCUUAUCAAAAAUAUCAGAGGACGAGGUCAUGCACUUCGUCUGGAAGAAUAUCUGUUGUCGGUUUGGUCUGCCUAGAAGCAUCGUAUCGGACAAUGGCACUCAGUUCAACGGCAAGAAAAUUCGUGCAUGGUGCGAGGAAAUGAAGAUAACACAGAAAUUCGUGGCGGUAGCACACCCCCAGGCUAAUGGUCAAGUAGAAUCCACAAAUCGGACCAUUGUCAACGGUUUGAAGAAAAGACUGGACGAGUUAGGGGGAAGUUGGGUAGACGAACUGCCCUCAGUCCUUUGGUCUUACCGGACAACAGUCAAAGCAGCUACUGGCGAGACGCCAUUUCGGUUAACUUACGGAACCGAUGCUGUUAUCCCGGUCGAGGUGGCAAUGGACACACUCCGCAUCGCCACAUUUGAUGAAAGGACAAACGAUGAUGCCCUGAGGACACAGCUGGAUGAGGUUUUUGACCUACGAGAAGCGGCGUAUCUACACAUGGAACGAAGUAAGAACCUGAUCAAGGCUCGAUACGAUCAAGGGGUACGGUCUCGUUCAUUCCAGAUCGGUGAUCUCGUCCUGCGACGAGCUGACGCACUAAAGCACACAGGAAAGUUAGAGGCCAAUUGGGAAGGACCAUACAUGGUCACAAAAUGUUUGGCUGGUGGAGGAUAUGAGCUGGCAAACGUAGAAGGGAAACCAUUGCCGCGAGCAUGGAAUGUCAUCCAUUUGAAACGCUUCUUCGCGUAA